AUGUAUAAAAUCAUAAUUUUUCAAACAGGGAGUUUUGACAGCAACAAGUCUGUAAUUGAACGGCGUUAUUCAGAUUUUGAGAAACUGCACAGAAAUCUGCUGGAGGAGUUUAGUGAAGAAAUGGAAGAUGUGACCUUUCCCAAAAAAACUCUAUCAGGGAACUUCACAGAAGAAAUAAUCAAUGAGAGAAAAUUAGCCUUCAAGGGCUACCUGAGACUUCUAUGUUCUAUGAAAUAUAUCCGAAGAUCAAAAAAAUUUAUUGAUUUUUUUUUAACAAGGACAGAGCUUCAGGAAGCAUAUGGUUGCCUGCAGGGUGGCCAGUACACCAAAGCUUUGGAAAUCCUUUUAGAAGUCAUUGGUCUGGCAAGGCUGACAAGAGGCAACCCUGUCUCAAUUGUCCCUACUUUGUGUGACAUCGUGGUGUGCCACAAGGACCUGGAAAACCCAGAAAGUACCUUUGAAUAUGGAGAAAAAGCUCUAUCAUGCCUUUGUAUGCAUACUAGCCACAAGUACUAUAUGCCAUUGUUAGAAACAAUGAUCACUCUGGCAUAUGAACUUGGCAAGGAUUUUUUGUCUUUGCAAGAAAAACUGGAAGAAUGGAAGAAAAAAGAUCCCAUUUGGGUUUUUACUCUGAAAGAACUUACAGUCCACGAGUAUGUACAAUGA